ACGCCCCCUUCUGUGUCUACUUCCUGUUUUCCGGAAUGAGUGUAUGCUGAAUAUAGUCUACUUGCAGCGAGCAGCUUCUAGAAACAUCGAAACGCACAGGACUCUUUUAUUUAUCUCGUAAUUUCAGCACAUGAUCUCGUCUGAUGAAGGAGGAGGGUGUUUUAGAGGUCCUUCAGCCAUUGUCCUCUGGGCCCAGUGCCUUCAUUCCAGCUGAAGUGGUUCUGUCUGAGACAGCGGGGCAGGCAGUACUGACAGACACUCUGUCAGUUAGUCAUGCUGAUCAUGUCACUACAGUAAUGGGGAUGCAUCCCACCUACCUGAACUGCUUCUUGCGCACCCAGAAUGCUUUGCUGCAGCCAGAUGGUCCCUUGCCGCUAUCAUGGAGACACUAUAUUAUCAUAAUGGCGUCUGCUCGGCAUCGGUGUUCCUACCUGGUGCGGCUGCAUAGCUCUGCAUUUCUACUGUCCGGUGGCGAUGAGUCCUGGCUCAGAGGUAUUCACUGUGCUCCCCUUAAAGUCCAGCGCCUGCAGACACUCAACAAACUUCUAGCACAUCGGCCAUGGCUCAUCACUCAGGCACACAUACAGGAGCUUGUGUGUCCAGGAGCAGAGCCUCGCUGGUCAUUAGCGGAGCUGAUUCAAGCCGUGGUCCUCAUGAGUCACGCCCACUCUCUAGCCUCCUUUAUCUGGGGCUGUGGCAUUCACCCAGAGCCAGACUGUGCAGCUGAACAGACGUCUCCUCCAGCCACUCCCCAGGAUGGCCGCACCCAUCGACAUGAGUGGACUGAGGCUGUAAAUGAAGUGCAGCUGUUGAUGGAGAAGAUGAUGAUGGUUCAGCAGCAAGAAGAGGAGUUCACUCCAGAGGAGAUGGUUACUCGCUUUGAGAGAGAGAGGACUGAAAGUUUACUGGAACCAGCUGAAGUGGGCCGCUCUGUCCUCCCGGAUUCUGUCUCACGGUUCAUCCGGGAUCCAGAUUUCAUUUAUCAGGACUUCAGUCCAAAAGGAGAGCAGGCACCACCUACCAUGAGAGCUCAGGACUACUCUUGGGAGGACCAUGGCUUCUCUCUCAUGAACAGGCUUUAUUGCGAGAUGGCUCAGUUGCUGGACGAGAAGUUCCAGGUGGUAUAUGCGCUGACAUAUCACACCAUGGCCAUGCACACAGAUGUGGACACCUCUACCCUCCGGAAAGCUCUCUGGAACUAUAUACACUGCAUAUAUGGCAUCAGGUAUGAUGAUUACGACUACGGUGAGGUCAACCAGCUGUUGGAACGUAAUAUGAAGGUGUAUGUCAAGACUGUUUCCUGUCAUCCGGAGAAGACGACACUUAGAAUGUAUUCCACUUUCUGGAGACAGUUCCGUCAUUCAGAAAAGGUUCACGUGAACCUGCUGUUGAUGGAGGCGAGACUGCAGGCAGCUUUGCUUUAUGCACUCAGAGCCAUCACCCGCUACAUGACCUAGCACACAUAAUGCACAAUGUCUGUAACAUGAUGUACAAAAAGGCACUAGUGCAAUACUCCAUUUAUUCUCACGCACUCCAUCAAAAACUGUGAUGUUAGAAAAUAUUAGGCACUACUACGAGCUCAGAUUUAGUCUCUUUCACUUUGCACACAUUGCGAACUUUAUAGUUUCCUUGGUUUUUGUUCUGCGCUGGACGUUCUGUUGCUGCUUGUUCACCAAUGGGAUUGGGAAGCAGUGCUGAUGUCAUGUGUAAAUCUUUUCCCAGUGACCUCUCUUAUCAAACUGUGAAUGUGUGUAACUUUUCUAGUGCAGUAUUCUCUCCUCUCGGUGUUUGCACGUGUCCCUGAGGCACUUGGCAAACUAUCUCCAUUCUGCCUGUCUCUCUUUAAUGGUACUUGAUUGCUGGACUCCAGCUAGCCUGAUUGUGGGAAGAAAAAAAAGCACAUUUUGUUUAUUCUUGGUGGAACAUCUGAAAUUGAAGGGAUGUUUGUGUUCAAUAAAAUAUUUUUUUACUGUU